CCCAGUGGGGUGACGUCAUCCUUCAACAUGGCCGUCUCUUGCUGCCGAUAAAAUGAAGUUGGUGUGUGUCGUCGCAUCCUGAAUUUUAUCCAGUUAACGCAGUUCAAGAUUUUCAAAGUCAGCAAGAUAUUCUCAUCGUUAGGAACAGGUUCCUGAACGCCACAAUCCCAUUGCCUGUGGGUUGAAAAUCGGAUGUUGGAUAGCAGUCGGUAGCUGUGUUGUGCAAGCAUGGCCAGGCGUGAUGCAGCCCAGUUUGACGAUGCAUUUGAGGAUGCAGAGAGUGACAUUGUGAAUCCCAAAUCCAGCCUGGAUGCUCACCUCAACAUGGAUGCCAUCACCUCGUCGAUUCGCAGCAACGGAGAGCUGCCCGAGUCGGAGAAGUCGGAGUCCCAGUGCGGGGAGGAGGUUGUGCCAGAGGAGAUGAAUGGUGCCUUGGAAGGGGAGGAGGACCAGAUGGAAGGGUAUUACGAGAAUGAGGAAGAAAGCCAUCAACCCAGGGAGAACUUGCAUCAAGAGCUGGAUGCAAAUGAGUACUACGCAGAGCCAACCAAUCAGUUCCACACAGGCAUGACAGGAGAGGACAUGACAGAGAGUGAUAACGACAGAGAUUACCAAGGGGAGGUGGAGGCAGAAGAGGAGGACAUUCUCACAAGUGAGGGACAUUAUGCCGAAGAUGCCCCUCAGGAUGAGCAGCAACUCCCUCCCGACCAGGAGGAGGGGUCACCUAGGGAGGGCGAAGGAGCAGAAGAAGAUAACAUGGCUGCUGAAGUUGAAGGGGAUUUCAGUAGAGACACCAGGGUGGAGGGGAUGCAGUAUGGGAGUGAGGAUGAAGAAGAAGCAGAAGGGGAGGACUUCUUCGAGGAGGUGGAAGAUUUCUAUCUGGGGGAGCCCCAGCCAAAGCCACAGUUUGCUCCAGAGGAGGAGCUGCCUCAGUCGGAGCAAGCAGAGAGUGAUUCUUAUGAGCCAGUAUCACAGGCCCAUCUAGAUAACCAAGCAACUCAUUUCAGUCAGUCGAACACAGCAGAUGCAUAUGACUGCCACCGUGAACCGGAUCAGAUCUGCGAGGAAGAACCGAUUGAGGAUCAGCUCGAAACUGCAGAGCAAGAUGGUCUGCCACUUAAAGAAGCCACUUAUGAUAUAGAGAGGUAUGGAGAAGAGAUGGCAGUCUCACAUGCCGUCGUUGAUCAAAGUCAGAGUGAUUCAGCUGAGGCAGAUCAAGAGGACUUUAGUCCAGCUCUCAGUGACCGAGGUUAUCCAAAUGAGCCUCCUGCUGAUGAGAGCUUUACCCCUGAACAAGCUGAGGAUGACUCUCUAGAUUCAAGUAAAGACUUUACUAAGGAGAAUAAAUUCAUCAACGUGGUACACCCAAAUGUAAGUAGAUUCCCAGAGCGUAGAGAAGAGCUGCCCAUAAAUGCACCAAAGUCAGACAAUGAUAGUACUCACAAACCAGUUCGACAACUUGCAAGCAAUCAGGAGGUCAUCCCUCCUAAAACUGUCCGUCCAAAGAGUCCACAGAGGUUGGGGCACCCAACUCCUUGGCCUACUACCGGUACAUCUGCAAACACCAGUACUACUGCGCAUUCCCAAAGAGGUACAACUUCUCCACCUCAACUGGCCUCCACAACUCAACCUAGAGAUGCCAAGAGUACUAAGCCAACCGCAAGGCAACCAACUGGUCAAACUCCAAGAAGCCCAACACGACGAGUGCCUACAAGACAGCAGCCAGCAGCACAGACAUCGACCGCAGCACCACCAGCUAAAACAUCCCCUACUAGAGCUGCCCCUGCAAAAAAGCAGCAGGAGAGAUACGAACUGAGCAAGAGCGACCCUAGGGGAGUUGGUCCUGGACAAGCUCAAAGAAGACAAGCCCCUGAAUCAAAGAAUGAGGUCAGUCAACAGAGGAUGCACCAAGACAAGCCGAUGGAGAAGCCAGCUGAGGCUCAAAAACCACUCCCUGUUCCUGGUGGGGCCAGGCCAGUGGCCUCCUUGAAAUCCCGAUUUCAGGACGAGAUGAAGGAAAUCUUUGAUUUAGAGAAAAACCUAUCUUCUAGUACUUUCAUUAAUCCUGCUCAGGAAGCUGGCAGGUGGACUCAGAAUGGACAAAAUGUCAAGAAUGGAACACCUACCGGGCAGAGAACUAGUCCGGUGCGUGCUCGUCAUAAUGAGGAGUAUGCAGCUGUGUCAUCACUAAGACCAGCAGUUGAAAGGUCCAGUGGAGGAUUGAGUACACCAGGCAGGGCCCAGUCAGCAUCGCAGCAUUCAGGCCAGCUUUCACCACAACCAGCAGGCGCCAAGACACAGGCACCCAAAAGAUCUUCUCCACCUGCCAAACGAAUCAGCAGUUCACCACGAAUUCAAGCAGCUCAGCCAGAGCCCCCACGGAAUAACUCCAAUGCCAAUAAUCCACCAAGGGCCAACCCUGGUUCUAGUGCCUUGCAGAGGGGCAGGGGCGCUGACAAGUAUAACUUCAAUAUGAGUGAACUGUCAGACGGUGCCAGUGGGGAGGUGGUUUUUGAUGACUGUGACGAGUGUGGAGCCUACCUUGAUGAGCGCAUGGGUGGCUCCACUAGCCCGGAUGUUCCUACCAAAAGGUUAAGCAAACCAGUCAAUGGCUCAGUAUCCCAGGAGAGGCCACGAUCCUUGAGACGUCGCAACAGCUACGAGAUGGCAAAUCGUGAAUCAAGCAGUGAAGACGAGGCAGAUGAAGGCGAGUACAGAGUCGAUGAAGGGUAUGCCGCUGGUAGUGCUGAAGAUGGCAGCACCCCAUCCCAUCAGCAUCCUACUCGUAAAGAAGAUCUUGCAGGGUCCUCUUCAGGAGGGAAGUAUGAUCUGGAUGUUGAUGGCAGUACUGACAGCGACGACAGGGCUCCAGUCAUCCCGCCGACUGGUGUUGAUGAAAAUCUCUUGGCCAGGCUAGCAGCUAGGGAGCUAGCCAAUCUAUGGAAGUCCAACGACAAGAACAAGCAGAGUGCUGGCUCAGACAGCGGUGUCCAACCAGACAGCAGUAGGCAAUCAUCUGAGUACUCAGGUCCCAGCCCUCCAACAACACCACAAGAGCUUACUGUAGGUGGAGUUAAGCAGGAUCAGCAGCGCAAGCCCAACAUGCCAAACGUCAGUCCCAUGGAGUAUGAUGUGGUGGGCGUUCGCCUGGCUGGCCAUGCUGAGAGCAAUGUCAGUGCAGGCAAUCUUCCACCCCACCCAGAGGAGGACCAGUUCUCAGAUGCCGAUGAAGAAGAUGAGCCCAAGUCUGGUGGUGGUGGAGGUGGCAGCGCAUCGGUGCCAGACAAAUUCCCCGAGAGGUUUAAUUUCAGUCCAGGCUACAAAAAUCUCAAUCUGGGAAGUCCAGUUGCUGGGAGGUAUCCCCCUAAGCCUGUGAAAGAGACCCUACCACCUCCUAAACCGGUGGAUGUCAAAGAUGCCAUGAAGGAGCUCCAACAAGCCCUUUCGACCAGCAAGACAGCUUCUAUGAAGACUCCAUCAUUCUACGUCCAGGAGCAACUGCCGCAGCCAAUCUGGGUGAUGCAGCCAGAGACAGCGCAGAGAGCUGCUGACGAAGACAGGAGACGGAGGAUCAUGGAGGAACGUAAGAAAAGACAGGAGGAGUUGCGCGUCCUGCGGCUGAAGCAGCGUGAGGAGUACAUGCAGAGCACCGACCCGCAGUGCUACCAGCACAUAGUUACCGAUGAAGAUGAGGAGACGGACGAAGGGCUAGAGAGCCGACAGCUCAUCUCAAGCCAGGACCAAGCCGGGGGUAACUACCUGAACAAGCAGCGGCUGGUCAUCGAACCGGACAUGCGGGCUCCAGAUCUCCCUCCUGCGCCAGGACGAAUUCAAGAAUGUAAGUACAAACCAAUUAUUUCAUCCUAUCCCCCUGUUUAUUACAGAAUUUUAGAAUCCGUUCUAUUUAUAGUCAUGCACGUAGCUUAUUUACAAUUACCGUUGUUAGUAAAACUUCCCUGGAACAGCAGUUUGGCCAGAGAUCUGAGAUUACAAACAGAAGAUGUUUAUAUUACAUCAGAAAUUGCUUAUCACUUUUCCGAAAUGUUUACAUCAUGUUCCCAUACAAAGUAGAUAAGAAAAACUAUGUUGUCGAAA